GCCGUCGCCGCCGCCGCCGCCUCGGCCGCCGCCAGCCUGCGGGAACUGGCGGCCGCCAGCCGCAGCGCCCUGCUGGGAAAGUGUGUUUCUCAGCUUCCCUACGGCAAAGCCCUCUACACGUAUGAAGGAAAAGAGCCUGGUGACCUCAAGUUUAACAAGGGGGACAUCAUCAUACUGCGGCGGAAGGUGGACGAGAACUGGUACCACGGGGAGCUCAAUGGGAACCACGGCUUCUUCCCCGCCAGCUACAUCCAGUGUAUCAAGCCCCUCCCGCAAGCUCCACCUCAGGGCAAAGCACUUUAUGACUUUGAAAUAAAGGAUAAAGAUCAAGACAAGGAUUGCCUGACCUUCACCAAGGAUGAAAUUUUGACAGUCAUCAGGAGGGUAGAUGACAACUGGGCAGAAGGAAUGCUGGGUGACAAGAUUGGCAUUUUCCCUAUCCUCUAUGUUGAGCUCAAUGAGUCCGCCAAGCAGCUCAUGGAGAUGGACAAGACGUGCUCGGCUGCCGCCUCCGGCUGUGACGUGCCGCUGCCCACGGAGACGGCAGCAGUGGCGGCGGCGGCGGGUCUGGCACCGUGCUCCACGCUGGCUGGCGCUGGGGCGGCCGGGGCAGCCCAGCGGCAAGCGGAGGGCAAGAAGAACGCCAAGAAGCGGCACUCCUUCACAGCCCUCAGCAUGACGCACAAGUCCUCCCAGGCAGCCAGCAACCGGCACUCCAUGGAGAUCAGCGCCCCCGUCCUCAUCAGCUCCAGCGACCCCCGGGCGGCCGCCAGGAUCGGGGACCUGACCCACCUCUCCUCCAGCGCCCCAGCCCAGGAUUCCUCUUCGAUUGGAACAGCCACAGUAGCUGGUCCCAGGACAAGUGCAAUAAUUGGAGAUCAGGGAACACCACCGAAGGUCCAGCUCCCCCUUAAUAUCUACCUAGCCCUGUACGCCUACAAGCCUCAGAAGAACGACGAGCUGGAGCUCCGCAAAGGUGAGAUGUACCGGGUCAUUGAGAAGUGCCAGGAUGGCUGGUUCAAGGGGACAUCUCUGAGAAGUGGGAUGUCUGGCGUCUUCCCAGGCAACUACGUGACGCCUGUUUCAAGGGUGCCGGUGGGAGCUGGGCAGCCCAGAAACAGCGGAGCUGGAGGAGCUCCGACGACAAAAGGAGCCCCAGGAACCAUCCACCCCAUGGGGGCUGGUCACACCAACGCCGCCACAGCUGUCAGACCGGUGGUUCCUAUCACCGCUCCUCAGACGCAUCCCCAGCUACAGGUGGCCUCUCCCCAGCUGAAUAACUGCUUGAGGUAUUCUGCUCAGCAGCCAGCCAGCCAGACCCGCAACGCCAUGCAGAUGGCUCACCCCUCAGUGCCAGCCCCGGAGCGGCCCACUGCCACGGUCUCACCCCUGCGGACGCCCAGCUCGCCCUCCCGCCUGCCAGCGGCAGCCAUCCGGCCUCACCCCGCCAUCUCCCCGCAGCAUGGCCACCAGCCGCCCACCCCAGGGGCCCGGCCCCUCAUCCCCCUCACCUCUGCCGCCGCCGCCAUCACCCCACCCAACGUUAGCGCUGCCCACCUCAACGGCGAGGCCGGUAGUGGGCCUCUGGGUGGCCCUGUCACCCCUGGCCCUGCUGGCAAGCCCGAGGAGAGGAAGAACGAGAAGAAGGAGAAGAAGAGCGGGCUGUUGAAACUUCUAGCAGGAGCAUCAACAAAAAAGAAGUCACGCUCCCCACCGUCCGUGUCCCCCACGCACGACCCCCAGGCAGCCAUCGAAGGAGUCCUGCAAGGAGCAGUGGGACCUGAGCUCUCCUCCCUCUCCAGCCACGGCAGGGCCGGCUCAUGCCCUAUCGAGAGUGAAAUGCAGGGAGCCAUGGGGCUGGAGCCUCUGCACAGGAAAACAGGCUCCUUGGAUUUGAAUUUUUCCAUCCCUUCUCCUGCCAGGCAGCCCCUCUCUUCCAUGGCAGCUAUUCGGCCAGAGCCCAAGCCUUUGCCCCGGGAAAGGUACCGCGUUGUCGUCCCAUACCCACCACAGAGUGAGGCUGAGAUCGAACUGAAGGAAGGUGACAUUGUGUUUGUGCACAAGAAGCGGGAGGACGGCUGGUACAAAGGGACGUUGCAGAGGAACGGCAGGACGGGCCUCUUCCCGGGGAGCUUUGUGGAGAGCUUCUGAGGACGGCUCGCCGCUCUCUCAACUGGAGGAGCUUUCAGGGGAAACUGCAUAGCACAAGAAGAGACAGCAAAGGGAAACUGGACUGAUAACCACUGCCAUUUUUAUUUCCAAAGACUCCCCCCCAGGCCCUUCAGUCUACAGCUCCGGAGACGCGGUGUCCCGCUGUGCUCCUGAGACCACGUGCGGUGCAUACAGUGGUAUGUUGAAGUAGUGCCUUCCACCUGGAAUCACAGACUGAAAGGACGCCCAUCUGGACUGUACGUAACCUAAACUCUGGCUGUUAACCCUUUGUGUAAAUUAUAGAGAAGAUAUCUUUAAAAAA